GAACCUAGCCGUCUCAAGCAUAGCCCAAUAUGAACCCGUAUGCCAACUGUCUAGCGACUGGUUCAAACAGCUCCGUGCUGUUGAAAUAUGGUCAGAUCCUCAAGCUGAUCUUAAUCCCAACAUGAUCCGGCAACUUCUACUUUUCAGCAAAAACAUGACAAAUAUGCUGUUCAAAGGAUGCGAGGUACUAUCGGACAAACUGAUGGCAGAAAUAUGGGAGGUGAAUCCUAUGCCCAAGCUCUCCCAUUUGACACUGGACAACUGCCACACAAUCACAGGACAGAGCCUGCAACAUGUGCUUGAUGCUGAUAACGAGCUGGCUGUAUUGAGAGUCUGGAGUUGUCUUAACAUCACCAAACUUCUCCACAUCGAGUUGGUACAUCGCAUUAAGAAUGAGAACCUGGAUGUGUAUUUUGAAUGGUAGUUCCUGAUGUCUAACCACUGUAUGGAAGGUGAAGAGUGUCAAGGAUAAUGAAUGCUAAUGCUAGCAGACUGGACCCCAGCACGUCGCCGAGGGACGUGAGAAACGGGAUGGCCGAGUUGUCUGGGUCCACCCGCCAUUUCCACAUCAGGUGAAUGAGGAGAUGGGCAAUGUACAGGAGAAUCAUCACCUACGAACAGACACACAUCACAUGAACACAGACACUCAACUGACAUGUCUGACCUCUGACAAAUAAUAAGGAUGUCAAUCAUCAUUUUUGUGUCUAUUUAUAGAUCAUCAUUGAAGUGGGAAAUUUACAUAAUGAUCUCACUUGGAGACUAUUCAAGAAACAGUAAACAUGUUUUUGUAAAUUUGUAUAUGUCAAACUGUUACUCUGAAGUCAGGAUCAAAAAAUAUUUUAAAUAUGGGAGGGGAGAGCUUUGUCCUGUAUUAACAUGGGCAGAUAUACAUCAGAUUUGUGUGACACAAUUUUAUUUAACAGUAAAGAGGACUUAACACAGUA